CCCUGCCCCAUGGAGCUCCCACUCUAACUAGACCCCAAGAGAAUCAUUCUCCCCACUUUACAGCUCUGGGGCAGCUGAGAAUAAAACCACGUCCCUCCGCCCCUCGUGCCCCAUUCCCUGCCCCCUGACCCAGCCAGUCCCUGCCCUGGGGUCGGAUGGGAGCCCGGCGCCCCCUAGAGGGGAAGGUCUGAACCCAGCCACGACCCUCCAUCCAGUGGGUCUCAACCAGGGGUCCGUGUUUCCCUGGGGUCCGCCGUGGUCUCCCAGGGGGUCCAUCAGCUCAUCCAGAGAUUUGCCGGGUUUUGCAAACCAGGGGACAUCAAAAGCGCCGGCGAAGUCCGUCCGAAGGAACAUUUCGUGCGGACAGUGGGUGGUUCGGACGGCGCCGUGUCCCGUCCCCGGGGAGUAAGUCCAGGGUUUCUGUCCCACUUGGGUGAGUUGAUGAUUACAGGGGAAGAAGGCGAGAGGCAGCACUUUUUCAGCAACACUGUGGCUGGGGCCCGGUUGGAUUCUUAGGUCUGAUUUUGGAAGCACCUCGUUUGUAAGCGAGGCGACUCUUGGGGGGACGCAGGACAAAUCCCCCUCGUGAAAGGGGGACAAGCGUCUGGGAAGGUUGAGAGCCGCCGGCCCCAUCCUCUCUGCUGAUUCCUCCCUUCGCUCCCUCUUCCCGGCCCGCCCCCGCCCCUCCUUUUCCCAGCCCCACACGCCUCUCCCCACGGCCGGCCCCUCUGGAGCGCCGGGCUGGAGGGCUCAGUGGGGAACGCCGGGCGACCCCAGCCCCUGCCUUGGGGAGCUGCACCCGGCUCGCUGUUCCUGUCCCCUGCUCGGAGAAUCCGGGGGGUCUGGCUCGUCUUUCGGGGGGCGACCGUCUCCCCCACUGCAUGGAUCGCCCUGGUGUAGACCGGCUGGGGAUCGGGUCCCAUUGACUCCAGUGGAGCUAUGGCUGAUUGACACCGGCUGGGAAUCUCACCCAGAAGUAGCCGGCUGCUGAUCUGGCGGGUCACAGGGUCGGGCCCCUCGUCCCCACAUGCCUCCCGGCGGCAGAGCUGACAGCGCUGGUGAAGAACGUGUGGAUCAGAGACAUUAGCAGCAGAGACAGGACGCUGAGCAGCCGAUCUCACUGCGGAGAAGUGAGGGGGACUCCAGAUUUUGCGCUGAUGCCAGCCCAGCGCUGACCACCUGGCCAUGCCUGGCCUCUGGCGGGGCCUGGGGGUGCUGCUCUCGCUCCAGUUGGCCUUGCUGGGCCUGGACUCCGACCCCUGCUACGAUGCCGCCCGGCAGCCCCGCUACUGCCUCCCGGAGCCGGCCGACCUGGCCGCCGGCCGCCCCGUCCAGACCUCCGCCACCUGCGGCCGCCCCCCGCAGCGCCUGUGCGCCUUCCGCCACCCGGGCGACGCCUCAUCCCGCCGGUGCCGCCUCUGCGACGGGGCCGACCCCGCCGCCGCCCACCCCGCUGCCUACCUGACCGACGCGGACGGCGAGGCCACCUGCUGGCAGUCGGGGCCGGUGGCCAACGCCAGCCUGACCCUGGCCCUGGGAGGCCGCUUCGAGCUGCUCUACGUGGCCCUUCGCUUCUGCUCCCCCCGCCCCCACUCCCUGGCCCUCUACAAAUCCACGGACCACGGCCACUCCUGGACGCCUUUCCAGUUCUUCUCCGCCCGCUGCCCCCAGGCCUACGGGCUGCCCCCGGCCUCCGCUGUCAGCAGGGCCUCGGAACAUGAAGCCAUCUGCACCGCCGCCCAGACGGACCCCACGCCGCUGGUGGGGGGGCUGGUGGCUUUCAUGCCCCUGGCUGGCCGCCCCUUGGCCCGGGCCUUCGAGUACAGCCCCGUGCUCCAGGACUGGGUGACGGCCACCGACCUGCGGGUGGCCUUGGAUCGCAGGCACCGGGGGCUGGGGCUGCGGGGCCGGGAAGCCUCCUAUGGGGUGUCGGAGCUGCAGGUCGGGGGCCGGUGCCGGUGCAAUGGACAUGCUGCCCAAUGCGGGGCCGCUGGGCCCGGCAGUGCCCCCCGGUGCCAGUGCCGUCACAACACGGCCGGCCCCGAGUGCGAGACCUGCAGGGCCUUCUACUGCGACCGGCCCUGGCAGCGCGCCACACCCAGCGAUGCCCACGAGUGCGUGGCCUGCGAAUGCAACCGCCACUCGCACCGGUGCCGCUUUAACAUGGAGCUGUACAAGCUGUCAGGGCGCAAGAGCGGGGGCGUCUGCCUGAACUGCCGGCACCACACGGCUGGGCGGCACUGCCACUACUGCCAGCCGGGUUUCAAACGUGACCUGGCCCGGCCCAUCACUAGCCGCAGGGCCUGCAAGGCCUGCCAGUGCCACCCCAUCGGCGCUGUCAGCACCAUGUGCAACCAGACCACGGGGCAGUGCCAGUGCAAGAUGGGCGUGACCGGGCUCACCUGCAACCGCUGCGCCCAGGGCUUUCAGCAGAGCCGCACGGCCCACAUCCCCUGCAUCCGCAUUCAAGAGGUGAUGACCACCACGGCUGCCUACCCCCUGGAGUGGAACACAGGCACCGAAUGCCAGACUCACUGCAGCCCCUCCCACGGCCGCGUCCACAUGAACCUGCGAAAAUACUGCAAGAAGGAUUACGUGCUGCAUGCCCAGCUGCUGUCCAUGGUGGAGUCGGGCGAGUGGUGGCACUUCACGACCUCAGUGCUGGCGGUCUAUCGGCAGCGCCAGGUGCCCAUCCGUCGGGGCGAGCAACCGCUCUGGGUGCCCCGGCAGGACCUGGCCUGCGGCUGCCUGCGCCUCCAGGUUGGCAAGGCCUACCUGGUGAUCGGGAACGACGCGGAGUCGCCCGACCCGGCGCGCCUGGUGCUGGACAGGAACAGCCUGGCGCUGCCCUGGCGCGAUGUCUGGGCCCACAAGCUCCGUCGCUUCCAGCAGCAGAACCGGCGGGGCAACUGCCGGAGCCCCUGAAACCCAAGGAGGCGGGAUGGAAAUGCCGGGGACCCCAAGGCUGGGGGAGGGGGCGCGCUAGGCACCCCAAGACCCGGGGCAGGGUCUGUAACGCCUGGCGGUGCUCCUGCAGGGGCUGAGAUCCCCCAUUGGCCCCUGAAACUGGGCCCAUAACCCCUCCUCCAUCCCCUAGACUCCCCCAUAUUCACACCCUACCCCCCACGCAGGGCCCAAUCCUACCUCCCCUCAUCCAGCCCUGCAGGGGAGCCCAUCCCCACCCAGCUUCCCGCUGCCCCCUCACCCCACAUUUUUGUAAUCAGGUUGGGGGGGAAGGGGAGGAAAUACCAAAGAUGACCUUUGACCUACGGCCUGCUCUGCUCUUGCACUUGUAAAAAAGAUAAAUGGAAUAAAACAAGAAGUUAUUUUACUCA